AUGAUUUUUUCCAAAAGAAUAUACAAAGAGUUGCAGGCUAUUGAAAAAGACCCAUACACCAAGGUCUCGUUUUCUUUGGUUAAUCCCAACGACUUGACAAAAUUGAAAGGUUCGUUUGUUGGUCCUCCUGAUACUCCUUAUGAGAAUGGUACUUUUGUUGUUGAUAUCGAUGUUCCUUCUGAUUACCCCUUUACUCCACCCAAAUGCAAAUUUGACACAAAGGUAUAUCAUCCCAAUAUUUCCUCGCAGACUGGUGCCAUUUGUCUUGACAUAUUGAGCAGGACCUGGUCGCCAAUAUACACUUUGGAGUCUGUUUUGAUUUCCUUGCAGCAAUUGUUGGAAAGUCCAGAACCAUCAGAUCCACAAGAUGCUAUAGUUGCUGAGGUUUAUGUCAAAAAAAAAGCCGAGUUUGAUAAGACAGCUAGAGAAUGGACCAAAAAAUAUGCAACUCCUAAAGACACAUCGCCAAACUCUUCCAAUGAUGAACUAGAAUACUCAGGAAUUGAACCAGCAACUGUUGAGAUUUUUACUUCAAUGGGUUAUCCCAAAGACAGAGUAAUUCAGGUAUUGCUUGAUUUGGACUAUAAAAAGAUCAAUACAUCUGAAGAUACAAAGAUCAAUUCGGUUUUCAAUGCUUUGGGUUGA